CCCGGAAGUAUCGCGAUGUUGCGUCUCUAGGUUUAGAAACUGCUAGUACACUGCUUAAUAUCUAUGGUGGAAAACGCUAUAUUUUCGAAAUGGCAUAUCACGAGUUCAAGUUUGAGGACCAAAUAACAAAAUACAUUCGAGAACAAGAAUUGGAAACGUCACUGAAAUUCAUAACAUUGAGAAAGGACAAAAGUUUUGGGCAAAAGGAUGCACAGCCUUUGGCACGGAAAAAACUCAGCUGGGAGAGUAAAAGUAUCCCAUUCAAUGGUGUUCCGUUUCAAGUUGUUGGCACAAAGACGUAUGAAUGCCACCAGGGCAAAGACAGACAGACAAAAGCCAAAGAGAAAUAUGCUGCUGAAAGAGACAAGAAGGAACUUGAAGACCAUACCUUUCUACAGAAACGGAAACUGGUACAAAAUACCAAAAAGGUGGACUGCAAGGCUAUAAUCAACAUCGCCCACGUUAUUCGCUUUCCUGAUUUUAAGAUUGAGGAAAGUACAGUGUGCUCUAAAAAGGAGGCCUCCCAAACUCUGAAGGCAGCACUAAGUGAAACACCCAGCUCCGUGAAGGCAGAGGUUGUCUACUGCGUCAGGUUCCCCUCCCUCUCUGAGCACAGCUCACAUGCAGUUGUUGGCGAGGCAGCUUAUGUUCGGGAAGCUGUAGAUGCCAGGCUGAGAGAGAAGAUUGAGCAGCUGACUCUGUCUGGUGUGAGAAAGAUGACUGAAAUGAAGUGUCAUCUGAACACCUUUGUAGUGGAAGAGCUUUUCCAUGGAGAGCAGCCCCCUCCACCUACUCGCAGGCGCUAUUACCCCACUGACAGUGACAUAAGAAAUGUCAUGUUUAAGACCAAGCAGGCCACCAGAGACUCCAACAUUGACCGUCCAUACGAAGGUCCAUCUGUAAGAGGAAAGAAGAGGUCCUCUAGGAAGCUGCUGCGGUUACGAGGGCAAUGUGCAGGAUAUCUUAAAGAGAUCACAGAACUCACUUAUCAUCUCCAAGAGGAACAGUACGUGACUGACCUGUCUUCACAGCUCAGAAGCGUGUUGCUGGAUAUGAAGGCCCAUGUUCCACAGGAUAAAGGCCUUCCACUGACCUUUUCUCCAAGGAAGAGAAAAGCUGAGAUGGACAUGGACCUCCUACCAACCAAGAGUGUGUCACACCCUUUCACAGACGGGGUAGAACAGCAUACAGAGGACAUAUGUUCAAUGAUCUUCAUAGAGAUAUCUGAUGAAACGGGUGGUCCAGGGAUAUCUGAUGAAACGGGUGGUCCAGGGAUAUCUGAUGAAACGGGUGGUCCAGGCUCCAGGGAUAUCUGAUGGAACGGGUGGUCCAGGGAUAUCUGAUGGAACGGGUGGUCCAGGCUCCAGGGAUAUCUGAUGAAAUGGGUGGUCCAGGCCCCAGGGAUAUCUGAUGAAACGGGUGGUCCAGGCUCCAGGGAUAUCUGAUGAAACGGGUGGUCCAGGCCCCAGGGAUAUCUGUUGAAACGGGUGGUCAGGCCCCAGGGAUAUCUGAUGAAACGGGUGGUCCAGGGCCCAGGGAUAUCUGAUGGAACGGGUGGUCCAGGCCCCAGGGAUAUCUGAUGAAAUGGGUAGUCCAGGCCCCAGGGAUACCACUCCUGUACUGUAUCAAUGUCAUGGCUGAUGAAACGGGUGGUCCAGGCCCCAGGGAUAUCUGAUGAAACGGGUGGUCCAGGCCCCAGGGAUAUCUGAUGAAACGGGUGGUCCAGGCCCCAGGGAUAUCUAAUGAAACGGGUGGUCCAGGCCCCAGGGAUAUCUAAUGAAACGGGUGGUCCAGGCCCCAGGGAUAUCUGAUGGAAUGGGUGGUCCAGGCCGCCGGGCAUAGCGUGUGCCUUAGCUGUAGGUGUUUCCAGAAGUACAGUGUCUCUGUGUGGACCGUAACAGGGUUGAAGUUUUAUCUUAAAUCAGCCAAAAAAUCUGCCAAUUUCAAAAAGUUCUGUGAAACAGUAUUACUUGUAGAUUUUGAAAGUAAAAAUCUAAAAUCAAGAUGUCAAUUGUUUGUCUACAUGCAAUGUAAAAAA